AUGAAGUACGCGAUUCUUCUGGCACUUUUCGGGUGCGCGGUGGCAAUGCGUCAACAGGCUGUUGGAGUAAGCGGCAGGCUUAUGUGUGGAAACAGGCCAGCUACAGGAGUCAAGGUGAAAUUGUGGGAUGAAGACGACGGACCUGAUCCUGAUGAUGUUCUUGAUGAAGGCUACACCGAUUCAAAUGGUGAAUUCAGGCUACAGGGCUCCGAACGUGAACUGACCAAUAUCGAUCCUGUGUUCAAAGUUUACCACGACUGUGACGACGGCAUCAAGCCCGGCCAGCGAAAAGUGAAGUUCCGCAUUCCGGACUCCUACAUUUCUGCCGGUAGCACGCCAAGACGUAUCUUCGACAUCGGAGUACUGAAUCUGGAGACGAUAUUCCCAAAAGAAGAACGCGACCUUGCUGUAAACUACAAGCUCCGUGCGUACAGCUGGUUCUGUAGUGUGCAGAACUUGUGUUUGCCACAGAAAACGAAUCGUCUGACCAUGAGAUCAUUUUUAGUUUUUUUUUCUUCAAGGACUGUCAAUUUCUGUCAUUAA